AUGACUGAAGCUCCAGUAUCUACUAGUGCAAAGACUAAAAGUCUGAAAAUUGCGGAGACCACUCCAAAACUGAUUGAGACUCCAAAAACCAAAAAUUUAAAGGCUAUAGAAAUUACCUCAAAUCCAACUGAGACUCCCUCAGCUACGAGUCCAAAACCCACACAAACUACCUCAGUACAUCUAAAUCAUCCACUGUCAAAACAAGUUCAUCUCCCGAAACUUCCGAAACAACUUCAUUAUCCACCAGUUCCAAAGUUAUAG